AUGCCCGCAGGCUGCAGCAUCGAUAUAUUUCAGCAACAAGUGAUGAGAGAUGUCCGUGCGAUAAUAUAUCCCGAGGCACCAUUUAAUAUCAGUCGAGAAGAGCGUCAGGCUCUUGACUGGUUACGGAUUCGGGAUGACGUCGUGGUGAAGCCUGCGGACAAGGGGGGCAAUGUGGUACUCAUGUUAAGAUCAUAUUAUGUGGAGGAGGCGAUGAGGCAGCUAACAGACCCUGAGGUCUAUGAAGGAAUAGAGGGUAACCCAGUGAUAAGUAUCCAGAUGCAAUUAAGGGAGCUGAUUCAAGGCUUUAUAGACAAAGGUUUUCUGAGGAAAAACAUGCUGGAAAAAUUGUUUCCUGUCUAUCCUACCCAGCCUUGUUGGUACUUCCUCCCUAAAAUCCACAAGUCGCUGAGCCACCCCCUGGGACGUCCUAUCGUCUCGGGGGUUGGCUCAGUAACGGAGCCCCUGUCAAAAUACAUAGAUUGGCUGCUCAGACCACUGUUACCUUGUGCUCCGGCGUACCUGAAAGACAUCAAUGAAUUUUUGCUUGCGUUGAAGGAGAUUCACUGGCAGAAAGGUGACCAUUUAGUGUCCCUGGAUGUAGAGAGCAUCUACACCCGCAUCCCUCAUGAUGCGGAGACUGUAACACCGAAUAAAAGUCGCAGAAGAGGUGCUAAACAUCAAACAGCUCACGUAAGAGGAAGGCCAUUUUCAUGUUCAGAAUGUGGAAAAUGUUUUCGAUUUAAAUCGGAUAUUGUUAGACAUGAGAAAAUUCACACAGGAGAGAAGCCAGUUUCAUGUUCAGAAUGUAGGAAAUGUUUUAGAGAUAAAUCAGAUCUUGUCAUACAUCAGAGAAUUCAUACAGGGGAGACGCCAUUUUCAUGUUCAGAAUGUGGGAAAUGUUUUCACUAUAAUUCACAUCUUCUUAAACAUCAAAAAAUUCACACAGGGGUAAAGCCAUGUUCAUGUUCAGAAUGUGGGAAAUGUUUUAGCCAAAAACCAGAACUUGUCACACAUCAGAGAAUUCACACAGGGGAGAAGCCAUUUUCAUGUUCAGAAUGUGGGGAAUGUUUUCACUGUAAUUCAUCCUUUCUUAAACAUCAGAAAAAUCACACAGAGGAGAAGCCGUUUUCAUGUUCAGAAUGUGGGAAAUGUUUUAAGCAUAAAUCAGCUCUUGUUAUACAUCAGAGAAUUCACACAGGGUUGAAUCCAUUUCCAUGUUCAGAAUGUGGGAAAUGUUUUAAGUAUAAAUCAGCUCUUGUUGUACAUCAGAGAAUUCACACAGGGGAGAAGCCAUUUUCAUGUUCAGAAUGUGGGAAAUGUUUUCACUGUAAUUCAUCGCUUCUUAAACAUCAGAGAAUUCACACAGUAGAGAAGCCAUAUUCAUGUUCAGAAUGUGGGAAAUGUUUCAACCAUAAAUCAGAUCUUGUUGUUCAUCAGAGAAUUCACACAGGAGAGAAGCCAUAUUCAUGUUCAGAAUGUGGGAAAUGUUUUCACUGUAAUUCAUCGCUUCAUAAACAUCAGAGAAUUCACACAGGAGAGAAGCCAUUUUCAUGUUCAGAAUGUGGGAAAUGUUUUCACUGUAAUUCAUCGCUUCUUAAACAUCAGAGAAUUCACACAGUAGAGAAGCCAUAUUCAUGUUCAGAAUGUGGGAAAUGUUUCAAACAUAAAUCAGAUCUUGUUGUUCAUCAGAGAAUUCACACAGGAGAGAAGCCAUAUUCAUGUUCAGAAUGUGGGAAAUGUUUUCACUAUAAUUCAUCGCUUCAUAAACAUCAGAGAAUUCACACAGGAGAGAAGCCAUAUUCAUGUUCAGAAUGUGGGAAAUGUUUCAAUCAUAAAUCAGAUCUUGUUGUUCAUCAGACCAUUCACAUAGAAGCGAAGUGAUCUUCAUGCUUAGCCCACUAGUGAAUACCGUUACAUGUCUUUUUUGGUGGUCACUGGCUUUAUUCCAUCAGAUACUCCUUUUUACAGGGAGAUAAAACAGCACCUUGCUUUCAGUUAGCUGAGGGCUUGGAUUGAUGAUUGGGACCACUGUAAGAGCU